GAGAAGAUCAUCUCCUGGGAAGCCACUGUUCCAAAGAGGAUGAGAGACACAUGGAGCUGACUUGGAUCCCACCUGAAGCUUGGAGCCAAGCCUAACCCAGCCUAACCUAGAUCAGCCAACCACCUCUGACCCACAGACUUGCUACAGGGUGCUGGCCCUGAGAUCUCCACUUUCUGCAUCCUCCAGAAGUUGUCGAGAACAAUGCCCAUUUUGUACAUGUUGAUAUUGGGUGUUCCCGCCUUCACCAUUCAGCCUGAGGAGCGCACAGUGACUGCAGGAAACUGCCAAUUUCUUGGCAAGCAUUUCAAAACCGACCUCAUGGUGGAAGGGGAGCCUGUGGUCCUGAGGUGCCCCCAGGCAUGGUAUAGGUGGUUGGACUCUGCCAGCUCACAUGUCAACGUGACGUGGCGUAAAAACGAUUCUACUAGGAUGGUUCCAGAGGAAGAAGAGACGCGAAUGUGGGUCCAGGACAAUGCUCUCUGGAUUUUGCCGGCCUUGCAGGGGGACUCUGGCACCUACAUCUGCACUGUCAGAAACGCCUCGUACUGCUAUGAAAUGUCCACUGAGCUCAGGGUUUUUGAGAAGACAGAAGCUGCCCUGACUUACAUCUCAUACCCGCAGAUCCUAACCUUGUCAACCUCUGGCUUACUAGUUUGCCCUGAGCUGAGUGAAUUCACCCGGAACAAAACUGAUGUGGAGGUUCAAUGGUACAAGGAUUCUGUCCUUUUGGAUCAAGACAACGAGAAGUUUCUAAGUGUGGCGGGACCCCCUCGUUUACUUGUACAAAAUGUGUCUAUGGAGGAUGCGGGCUAUUACAGCUGUGUCAUGACCUUGACCCACAAUGGCACACGAGUCAACAUCACUAGAAAUAUCGAACUCCGUGUCCAGAAAAGAAGAGAGGAGACUGUUCCUGUGAUUGUCUCCCCCCGCCAGACCAUACUGGCUUCACUGGGGUCAAGACUGAUAAUCCCGUGUAAGGUGUUUCUGGGAGCCGGCACACAGUGGACCACCGAUCUGUGGUGGAUGGCCAACAACACCAACAUAGACAUUGCCUACCGGGGAGGUCGCGUGACGGAGGGGCAGCGCCAGGAGUACUCAGAAAAUAAUGAGAACUACAUCGAAGUGCCAUUGAUUUUUGAUCCAGUCAUAAGAGAGGAUUUGAACACGGAUUUUAAAUGUGUUACCUAUAACACACGGAGUUUUCAGACGCUACAUACCACAGUCAAAGAAGCUGCCACGUUCCCCUGGGGGACUGUACUGGCCCCUCUUUUGCUGGUCUUCUUGGUUUUGGGAGGAAUAUGGAUGCGCAAUCGGUGCAAACACAGAAGUGGAAAAGCGUAUGGUUUGACUGCAUUAAAGAUUGAGCGUCAAGUUUUUCAAUCUUAUCCAAGUAAAAUAAAGGAAAUAAAAUAAUUCAAAUACAAACGA